GAGACGUUCGUGGCGUCGCGUUGGGCGGAGCUCCAGCGCUCGCCCAACCGCAAGCUGUGCCAGGUGUUCCAGCGACUCGUUCACCUCCUGAGUUGCGUGCGCAACGAGGCCGAGGGGCGGCGGGGCCUCCAUUGUCUCCAACUCUUCGGCGCCGCGAAUGGCGGCCACCAGGUGGUGCACAAGCUGUGCGACAUCGGGCUGGGGGCAUUCGCGUUCGGCGAAAUGUCGCCGACGAGCCAGGUGCGUUUCCGCGAGGGCAUGCGGUUGGUGUUUCGGCGGGCCAUGCACCUUCUCCCUCGUGGUGCGCUCUGGGUGACGAUGAAUGGCGCGACGUGGUCAGUUCAUCGUCGCUCGGACACGGGCCGCGUGGACAGGUAUCCCAGGGGCAGCGAGGACAUCAAGUCGGUGUUCCAGGCCAACGCGACGGCCACGCACGUGUCGAUCAUCGCCUUGCUGUGCUGGUUGCGGGGCUCCGAGGUGUGCAUCUGCAUCCAGCCGGGCACGCUGUUUUGGAAGUUCGAUCCCAUUGAUCAGCUGACUCAG